UGUAAACACCGCUACACGGACCAUUUCCCCCACGCGACAUUUUUGCUCUCAAAACAAACGUGACAGGAGAAACUUAAAAAUACAUAUUUACAAGUUGAAGGUUUCUCCUCUAGAACAUCACAGGGAACAAGAACUCAACAAAAUGGAGGACUGCAGCUGAAAACAGCUUUAAAAAUGGAGUUGUUGGAGGCCAGACUCUCCUCUCUCUCUGUCUCCGGCCGCUCUGCUCCGCGUGACCCCGUCUACCUCCUGGACCUCUCUAUAGCGCCUCCUCCUGGUGACACUGUGGUCGCGUCCUGCUCUGAUUUCACCCUUCACCUCCACAACAAACAAACUCUACGCCUUCUACAGAGCUACAGUGGCCACAAAAGUCCAAUUUCAAACGUCAAAUUCACUCAUAAGUCCGCAAACACUUUCUACUCCGCGUCUUUAGAUGGCACGGUUCGUUUGUGGGAUGUGCGUUGUUCCGGGAAAGAAUCGGAUCAGGUUUUUAGGAGCGAUCCAGUUCACAGUUUUUCCAGUUUUGAUUUGAGCUGUGACGAUUCUCUUUUGUGCGCUGGAACGGAGCAGAUAAACCAUGAGGAUAGUUUUCUUGUGUUUUGGGACGCGCGGAAACCCGGAAGUGCUUUGUUAGGGGUCUACUCCGAGUCGCACUCUGAUGACAUCACACAGGUGCUCUUCCACCCCACAGACAAGGACAGGUUGGCUUCAGGAUCCAUGGACGGUUUGGUGAAUGUGUUUGAUUUGACGAAGGGCUCGGAGGAGGACGCUCUGGUAGCCACGUGUAACAGCGAGUCGUCCGUGAGCGCUCUCUGCUGGCUGGGCGGGGAGCAGGGGUCGGGACAGGUGCGACAGGAGCAGACUCGGCUCCUCUGUGUCUCUCACGAUGAAGGAUUGAAGCUGUGGGAUCUGGAGAGCCUGGAGACGGAGGGGGAGCUGACGGUCUACAGCACCCAGGACGCACGCACCACGAUCGGACACAGCAGCAGCGCUGACUCUGUGCUGGACUACCUGAUCGGAGGUUGCUGGUUGGAUUCUGAGGGGCAGCUGUUGGUGGUCGGGGGUAGCGUUGGAGGAGACAUUCACCUCUUCACCUGCGAUAAAUCAGGUCUAAACCUGGUCAGGACUCUGAGGACCGGGCACAGUUCCACCGUGAGGAGUUUCGGGUUCGAUUCCCAAAGUCUGAGUCUGUUCACUGGAGGAGAGGACGGAGUUCUACUGCGGUGGAGCCCGGACGAGAGGAGCGGAGGAGUUGCGGAGGGGGAGGUUGGAAGCAGCCGACAGGAGCAGAGUCGAGUGAAACCUGAGUCCUUAAAGAGUGAAUCUGUGAUGAGACUCAAGUCCAGACCUCACAAAAAACACAAGUUCAACAGAGACAAGAAAGUCACGUGACACCAACUUCACUUUUUUUAUUUUAGCAAAAUAAUUUAUCUGUACUAAAAAAGUAGAUGAGUGUAUCUCCAAUUUAUAUUCCUCCUCUCCUAUAUUCAGCCUUUAAUGCUGAUACAUGUAGUUUAAUGUGUUUUAUUAUCAUCAUCAUUAUUAUUAAGAGACUUUAAUGUGAUAAAAUGACUUCUCUGGUGCUGUCCAUUCUGUGCUUGAAAUGCCAAAUCUAUUUGUUCCAUUAGGCACAUAAAUUGGACUUAUUUCUACCAGUUUGUCCAGUUUAUUCAGGCCAUUCACCUUUUAAGCAAUAAUGUAAAAAAAAGACUGAAAUACUGGAAUUGCUGUGUUUGGUCAAAAACCUUUAAUAAACAGCUAG